CGCGCCGGACUCGGACACGUACGUUGAUCAGCGCGGAUCAUUGAAAACUUCUAGGCGAGCGCGCUUGCCUUGCAAAGUUUUAAUACACUGAAUAAGCUUUAGGCCUAGCGUAGCUUACACUGUGCACACUGUACUGUGACAACUGUGGAAGUUGGCUAACAUGACAAAAACUAGCAAGACAAAGGAGAAGGACAAGAACAGUGCCAUUCCUAGGCUGCCCAGCAAUUUGUUGGCGAGUGCUGCCAAAAUGAAGAUCACCAAAGCGCUGGUCAAUGCCAAGAAGCAAUCAGUGCAAAAGGGUGCGGGCGGCGACAAGGCAACAGGAUCAAAUGCAGCAGCAGCCACAGCCACUGUCACAGCCACGACCACAACCCCAGCCACAGCCAUAGCAUACGGCCAAGCGCAACAGGCGGUCGCUGUGAAAGAGACGACAUUAUCGGCGCAGGAGAACGGCGACAGCGGCGACGCGCACAAGCAGCAGCAGCAGCGGCAACAACAACAACAGCAACAAGCAGCGACGUCGACGUCGUCGUUGUCGCCGCUUGCCACAGCGAAUUUAUCGUCGACAUUUGAGUCGAAGGCUCACACAUCAGUUGCCAGAGAAACAGCGAAGCAAACGGUUACUACCGCAACAACACCAACAGCAACAGCUACAUCAGCAGUGACAACAACAAUCGCAAAUAUUUUAGUUUAUGAUGGGAACAGCGUAAGGCAAGAGCAACAGCAGCCGAACACUUGUGACGUCACAAAUACUAAACUUGCUGCAGGCGAGACGGCUAAUAACAAUCAAGAUAAAGUCGAGCCCAAAACCGAAAGCGAAACGAAGCUAGACACAGCAGCAACAAUAACAAUAAGAACAGGCGAUAAAUAUUACAAAAUCGUUGAUAAGUGCAAAAGUGAGAUAAGUGAUGAAAACGCAACAACAACAACAACAACAAACGCUGAAAUUUUGCCGGUAGUAGUGAUAAAUAGUAAUCAGCAAAACGACGCGAGUGAAAGUGUUGACAACAAAAUCAAAAGUGAAUCAAAUGAGCAAGAACAAACUGCAACAGCAACAUUAACAACAGCAACAACAGCCGAAUUGCCGCUACAUUAUCGUGGCCUAAACAACUCGGUGAUUAUAGCUAACUAUGCUCAUCAGCAACAGCAGCAACAUCAACAACAACAGCAGCAGCAGCAACAGCAACAAGCAGAGCAACAGCAAAUCUAUGAGCAGCAACAGUUUCUGCAACAGCAACUGCUAACACAACACCAGCAGCAACAGCAGCAGGAGCAACAGCAGCAACACGCCAAUUGGUUGGCCUACAAUAAUUGUGCCUACGACUUAACUAGCAACAGUGCAACAGCAGCAGCAGCAGCGGCGGCAGCAGCAACACAUCAGGAUAAAAGCGAGUUUUAUGCAUUGGCUGCCUCGCAGCAAUUGCUGGCGCAUUUACCCUAUCAUCAUACCCAUUUAUACGAACAGCAGCUGCAGCAGCAGCAACAGCACAUUAGUAACAGCAGCAGCAGCACGGACUCCAUAAUGCGCAACAAUUUUGCGCUUUAUAGCGUUUAUGGAGGCGGCGGUGGCGGCGGGGUGGGCAGCAGUGUCACGCCCACCACACACGAGCAACAUCAGUUGCAGCAACAUGUUGCCGCUGUGGCAGCAGCAGCCGCCAACUCGGUAAUAGCGCACACAACACACACAACGCCAAACAUUGAUGAGGUCAUUCAGGAUACACUGAAGGACGAGUGUUUCGACGAUAAUCAUAGCUCCAGCUAUCACAUGCUCACCGCUGUUUCCGAUCUGCACGUGCUGAAGGAGGCCAACCCAACCAUUUACUCUAUGACGCACGAUCAAUUGAUGCAACAGCAACAUCAACAACAUCUACAUCAGCAACAACAGCAUCUGCACCAGCAACAUCAUCAGCAACACCAUCAUCACAACAAUUCGGCCAGCUCGGUGGGUGGCGAUUCACCAUCGCCCUCCCACACGCUCGCCGCACAUGCCAGUGACGUGGCAACGCUGCAGAGUUUCACACAGCUAACAAGCGCACAACCCAGCAGCGGCCUGCAUCGCGACAGCUACGGCAGCAUCUCACCGGACCAUGGCAGCUACUUUACCACAGAGCUCAGCCCUGUGCUGCAAAGCAGCUCUGUCUAUGCAAGUCCUUUACUCGCCUCGGCCGCCAAUGGCAUGCAGUACGGCAUGCAAACAAUUGCCUCGCCCACCCACACACACGCCCAGCUGCAGCAACAACAUCAUCAACACCAGCAACAGCAGCAUCAGCAACAACAGCAACAGCACCAUCAGCAUCACAACUCAACGAGCAGCAGUCCUGGCCCAGCGGGUCUGCACCACACUGGCAGCUCGACGCUACUGGACGAUGGCUACGGCUCACCCAAGAGCAGUCACAGCGGCAAUGGCAACGGCGGUGGUGGCACUUUGCCCGCCUUCCAGCGUAUUGCACCGGCCAGCGGUGGUGCUGGCUAUGGCAACGGCGUGGCCAAUGGCUCUGGCAGUGGGGCCGAACGGGCUGGAUACGCAUCGCUGGGCAAUUAUCGCACACACGGCGAUGCCUGGAAUGCUCAUUACGAACCAAUUAGCUACGCGCCCACAACCACCGGCCAGGGGCAGCUGGGUGGCGCAGCGGUGACCAAUGUGAUACGCAACGGACGUGCCGUCUCUGCGGCAGCGGCUGCAGCAGCCGCCGUCGACAGUGCUGUCAGCGCUGUUGAUCCUGCGCGCUUCCUAGCCAAUGCCACUCAUCUGUCCGCCUCGGCAUCGCUAACAGCAAUGGCCGCUGAAUCAGGCGGGGAUUUCUAUAAGACCUUCCCAUUUAAUGUGACCGCCGGUAGCCGCAGUAAAAGCUCUACAAAUGCCAACAGCGCUGCCGGCGUCGGCGCUGGCGUCGGCGCUAGCGCAGGCUCAACGUCGGCGACGACGUCCUCAGUGACUUCAACGGCGCUCGACGAGCAAGUUAGUCGCGCUAAUUCGAGACGCUUGAGCGCCUCCCGACGUGCUGGCAUGUCCUGCUCCAACUGCCAGACGAGCUACACAUCGCUCUGGCGUCGUAAUCCUGGCGGCGAGCCCGUCUGCAAUGCCUGCGGCCUUUACUUCAAGCUUCACAGUGUGGUCCGUCCGUUGACCAUGAAGAAGGACACCAUACAGAAACGCAAGCGCAAGCCAAAGGGCACUAAAAGCGAAAAGUUGAAGAAGAUGAGAGCCUCGCAGGCAGCAGGAAUCGUGGCCAGCAAUGCCAAUGCCUGCCAUAAUGUAAACAUGCAACUGGAGGCACAUAACCAGCAGCAAAUGGAUGUCACUGAUGGAGAUAUCAAACCAAUUGCAUAUAUGACAUACGCAUCGCAGCAACAACAGCUACAACAACAGCAACAACUAAACACUGAGCUACAUUCAUCAGCGGCCAGCUCGCCGCAUAGCAUGGCAUCCUCCUCAUUAUCACCCAAUGCUGCAUCCCAACAUCAACAGCGACAGCAGCAGCAGCAGCAACAACAGCAACAGCAGCUAUGCGCUGGCCUGGACAUGUCGUCUUCACCAACCUAUCAAAUGUCACCCAUUAAUAUGCAGCAGCAACAGCAACAGCAGCAGCAGCAAUCAUGCAGCAUGCAGCAUUCACCUAGCACGCCCACAUCAGCCAUGUCACAGUCCAUUUUCUCUACGCCAUCUCCCACGCAGCUUCAUAAUAGCAGCAAUAGCAGCAGCAACAACAACAACAACAAUAACAACAGUUCAUUAUUUAAUCAUAACAAUAAUAGCAAUGAAAAUAACAAACAAAUUAUACAGAAAUAUCUGCAAGCUCAACAAUUGAGCAACAGCAGCAGCAGCAGCGAUCAUCAAUUGCUGGCCCAACAGCAACUUAUACACCUGAUGCCGAACUCCAUUACGGCGGCAGCAGCAGCUGCAGCAGCAGCGGCGGCGGCGGCAAUCAGCACAGCGAUCAAAUCGGAGGCGGCCACCAACAGCACCACCAACACCACCACCAGCAGCAAGCAAUUAGCUGCCACCACAACAAUAACACAGACCACGGCAUCGAACGCACUAUCCUCACUGAGCAACAGCAGCACCAACAGCAACAUUAUUAGCCUGCAAAAUCCGUAUCAGCAGCAGGCGCUUGGUCCGACGGAGAUGCCCUUGUGUAAGUCGGCACUGAGUGGUCGCACCUCGUCGCCCUACUAUAUGAGCCAUCUAGCCGAGGAGGAGCAGCCGGCUAUCAUAAAGCUGGAGCAGUUGGAUCACCACCAACAACACCAGCAACAUCAACAGCAGCAGCAACAUCAGCAACACGAUGAAAUGUUGCUCAGCCGCUCAACGUCCAUCGAUGAGCACUACGAAUUGGCCGCAUAUCACCGCCAGCAGCAGCAACAACAGCAGCAUCAACAGCAACACGCACUGCAGCAAAAUGUUGCACUUAGCCAACACGAGCACCAUAUUACCAGCUAUGCGCUUCACGCAGCCGCACAGCAGCAACUGCAUGAAUUCGGACGCAAAUAUGGCGUUGAGCGCGAGACAAUUGUUAAAAUGGAAUAAUGCCAGCCGAUUCUGAACAGACCUGACCAAAGAUAUUCUUGUUAUACAUAAAUCUCACAGCUCCCAAAGAAAUUUAAA